AUGGCUGCGAAUCACCCCAUUCAUAUUCACCCAGCACGUCCUCUUUAUCGCUUUACAGCUACGGCUUUAGGCGCUAGCAUGUGGUUUUUUCUAAUGUACCGAGCCAAAAAGGAUGGCCCUGCUUUAUUGGGAUGGAAGCAUCCGUGGGAGCACUAA